AAUCAAGCAUUCUAUUUUUAAUUGUUAAUAAUUAAUCAGAGCCAGUAAUAUUGUUUAAUUAGUUAGUUUAGCAACAUGAAGUGCUUGGUUAUUAGCAAAAUUGGUGUUUUAGUUCUAGUUUUGUUAGCCACGAGCGCAGCCAUAGCACUAGGCCAAGGCACCAGUGUAGGGUUCUACCGAUCCUCGUGUCCCACGGCGGAGCAAAUAGUAAAAGCGACGGUGCGGUCGCAUUACCAGUCGGACACGACGGUUGCGCCCGGGCUGCUGAGGAUGAUCUUCCAUGACUGCUUCGUGCAUGGUUGCGACGGUUCCAUUCUCAUCACCGGCCCGAACUCCGAGAGGACUGCCCCUCCUAACCUACGGCUGAGAGGAUUUGAGGUCAUAGACGAUGCUAAAACAAAGCUCGAAGCUGCCUGCCCGGGGGUUGUUUCUUGUGCUGACAUUCUCGCUCUUGCUGCCCGUGAUUCUGUUGAGCUGACGGGAGGGAUAAGUUGGGCAGUACCAACGGGGCGGCGGGAUGGGAGGGUGUCAUUGGCGUCAGACACGGCUAAUCUUCCGAGUUUCACGGACACCGUUGACGUCCAGAAGCAAAAGUUUCUAGCCAAAGGCCUCAACACUCAAGAUCUCGUUGCUCUCGUCGGGUCGCACACAAUUGGGACAGCAGCUUGCCAGUUCUUCAGCUACAGACUCUUCAAUGCCAGCGCAGACCCUCCAGUAGACCCAUCAUUCCUCUCCACGCUUCAGGCUCUCUGUCCCCAAGGCGGCGACGGCAACAAGCGGGUGGCUCUCGACGACGGCAGCGUCAUUAACUUUGAUAACUCUUACUUCUCGAAUCUCCAAAAGGGUCGUGGGGUUCUUGAAUCUGACCAGAGACUGUGGGCCGAUAUGUCUACCAAAACGUACGUUCAGCGAUUCCUGGGCCUUAGAGGGUUUCUUGGGCUUAGGUUCCCCUUGGAGUUUGGGCGGUCCAUGGUUAAAAUGACUAAUAUUGAGGUUAAAACGGGGAGUGAUGGUGAAAUUCGAAAAGUUUGCUCUGCUACUAACUGAUCUUGCAUGCAUGGGCGAAGGGCUUUUAUAUCUCAUGAUUUGAUGAUUUAGCAUUUACCAUUUUAAUCAUCAUAUUAAAAUAUGAUGAUUUAUCAUUUAUCAUUUUUCACUUGUUUCAUAAUUAUCAACGCAAGUUGUUGCAAUUGUAAUGAUUUCCCUCAAAUAAAUAAUCUAUCUAUUCCUAAUUCGCUUCUCACUUUUGAUUUGAAAUUAAACACUCACUUCCCUUUUUAGUACACGUAAUAUUUAAGUGGU